AUGGUGCUCAUCACACGGGAGGAUGCGUUGGUGACGUUUGUCCCCAUCGUCGUGUACUGGGUGGCCUCGGGAAUCUAUACAAUCCUGAGCAGCGUCGAGAAGUACCGGCUGCACCCACGAGAGGAAGAGAACUCCAAGAACCUGGUCUCCAGAGGCCAAGUGAUCAGAGGUGUCAUCCUCCAGCAGGCCGUCCAGGCAACAGCCUCUCUCAUCUUAUGCCGGGCACGGUCCUUCAUCCGACAAAAGUCUUUCUGGAUACUUGACUUUAAGGUCCGUCGGAUUCUUAUAGUGAUCGGUUAUGCAGGUAGUCGACACUUCCGAUGCUGAAAAGAGCGCCAACCAGUCGUACAUUACGGUGGCGAGGCAGUUCUUCGUCGCCAUGGUGGUGUUCGACACAUGGCAAUUUCUGAUGCACCGACUGAUGCACCAGAACAAGUUCCUCUACCGUACUCUUCAUGCCCGCCAUCACCUGCUGGUCGUCCCAUACGCCUACGGCGCACAGUUUAACCACCCGCUCGACGGCCUGAUCAUCGAGUCAAUGUCAGCGGGGCUCGCCUAUGCUAUCUCCGGCAUGUCCCAACGUGCCGCCAUCGUCUUUUACUCCCUCUCCGUUCUCAAAGCCGUCGACGACCACUGCGGCCUCUACAUUCCGUGGAAUCCUAUUCACAUCAUCUUCCGAAACAACGCCGCCUACCACGACGUCCACCACCAGCUCGCCGGCGCCAAGUACAAUCACGCCCAGUCCUUCUUCGUCAUAUGGGAUCAGAUCUUCGGGACUUACAUGCCCUACAGGCUCGAGAAGAGAGCUGACGGGGGUUACGGCAUUGUAAUGGGGAAACAAGAUUAG